CUUAAAUUAUUUAGAUAUCUUUUUGUGUUGAAGAUUUUCUGGUAGUUUAAAGUAGAAAAGUUGUGUGUUUGUAUCUGUUGAUUCUUCAUUAAACUCAGGGGUGGAGUUAAGCCGAUCUACAAGAUGGCGGACACUGAAACUCCACAACAUAGAGCAGAGAGCAGUGUGUCCAGUGUCCUACUGUGUCUGUGAAGACUGAUCACCUCAUGAUGGAGCCUCAUCACUUCAGCAGUGGAGGGGAAACCUCUGACUCAAAACUGCAGACAUUCACCGCAGAACCUCUGGAAACCAACUAUGUGUAUAUAAGGAGCAACAACUCAAUGUUUCAGCCUCCUUAUUACAAUAAUGUCAGCAGUACUGAUCUGAGACUGCAGCCAUACAGAGGAGAACCUCCAGAGCCCAGCUACAUAUCCAUGAAGAGCAACAACUCAAUGUAUCUGCCUCCUCAUUUCAGUAAUGAAAGGGCCAGUACUGACCUGAGACUGCAGACAUACAGAGCAGAACCUCCAGAGCCCAGCUGUGUCUCUAUGAAGAGCAACAACUCAAUGUAUCUGCCUCCUCAUUUUAGUAAUGAAAAAAACAGUACUGACCAGAGACUGCAGCCAUACAGAGGAGAACCUCCAGAGCCCAGCUACUUAUCCAUGAAGAGCAACAACUCAAUGUAUCUGCCUCCUCAUUUCAGUAAUGAAAGGGCCAGUACUGACCUGAGACUGCAGACAGAACCUCCAGAGCCCAGCCAUGUGUCUAUGAAGAGCAACAACUCAAUGUUUCUGCCUCCUCAUUUGAGUAAUGAAAGAACCAGUACUGACCAGAGACUGCAGACAUUUGGAGUUGAAUCUCCAGAGCCCAGCUGGGUGUCUAUGAAGAGCAACAAUUCAAUGUAUCUGCCUCCUCAUUUCAGUAAUGAAAAGACCAAUACUGACCUGAGACUGCAGACAUGCAGAGCAGAACCUCCACAGCCCAGCCAUGUGUCUAUGAAGAGCAACAACUCAAUGUUUCUGCCUCCUCAUUUCAGUAAUGAAAGAACCAUUACUGACCAGAGAGUGCAGACAUUCAGAGCAGAACCUCCAAAGCCCAGCUGUGUGUCUAUGAAGAGCAACAACUUGAUGUUUGUGCCUCCUCCUUUCAGUAAUGAAAGAACUAUUACUGACCAGAGCUGUGGGAGGGAUGCAUCACAUCAGGAUCAGUCCAAGUGUGGAGUGUGUGAGCAGAUUCAGACAGAUCCAGUCUCUAUCAACUGUGGACACACUUUCUGUAGACAGUGCAUCAACAGCUAUUGGAACCAGUCUGCUCAGUCAGGAGACUUUGCCUGUCCACGCUGCAGGAAGAGGUCUAAGACACGUCCUGUUCUACAUCAACCCAUAGAGGAGUCCAUGAAGAAGGAAGCAGUGUGUGAUGUCCUGCACAGAGUCAUAGAGAGACACAAAACCAGCAUGAAGAACAGGUAUGAGAGCUUAUUUGAGGGAUUCAAAACACAAGAGAAUAAAACCCUCCUGAACAGGAUUUACACUCAGCUCUACAUCAUAGAGGGAGAGAGUGAAGGAGUGAAUGAAGAACAUGAAGUUUUACAGAUUGAAAAAACACUCUGGGACCAACACUGGCAGGAUACACCAAUUAACUGCUUAGAUAUCUUUAAACCUGUACAUUGCACUGUAGAAGAAAUGGAAGAAGACAGCAUCAGAACUGUGAUGGCUGAAGAAAGAGAAGAAGAUGAAGGUCCACAAGUUCACAGACUCAGAGCUGUGCUGACUAAAGGAAUUGCUGGCAUUGGAAAAACAGUCUCUGUGCAGAAGUUCAUUCUGGACUGGGCUGAAGGAAAAGCCAAUCAGGAUGUAGAUUUGAUGUUUGUGCUUCAAUUCCGAGAGCUGAACCUGAUUAAAGAUCACCAGUACAGUCUUCAGAGACUUCUGUGUGACUUCCAUCCUGAGCUCAGAGACCUGGAAACAAAGAUAUAUGAUGAGUGUAAAAUGGUGUUUAUAUUUGAUGGCCUGGAUGAAAACAGAAUUCCACUGAACUUCUUACAGUGUGAGAACCUGUCAGAUAUAACCAAGGUGUCGCCACUGGAUAUGCUAAUGACAAACCUCAUCAAAGGAGAGCUGCUUCCCUCUGCUCACGUUUGGAUAACUUCUCGACCAGCAGCAGCCAAUCAGAUCCCUCGUCAGUACAUCAACCGUGUGACAGAAAUUCAGGGAUUCAAUGACCCACAGAAGGAGGAAUACUUCAGGAAGAGAAUCAGUGACCAAGACCAAGCCAACUUCAUCAUCUCACACAUUAAGAAAACAAGGAGUCUCCACAUCAUGUGCCACAUUCCAGUCUUCUGUUGGAUCUCAGCCACUGUUCUUCAGCACAUAAUGAAACAGGGUAUUACAGAAAUCCCUAAAACCCUGACUGCAAUGUAUUCACACUUCCUGUGCACUCAGACAAUCAUGAGGAAUGAGAAGUAUGAGGACAAUUCUGAGAGAAAUCCAAAGGAUCUCUUGGGAUCCAACAGAAAGUUGCUUCUGAAACUGGCUGAACUGGCUUUCAAACAGCUGAUGAAGGGCAAUGUAAUGUUCUAUGAAGAGGACCUGAGAGAGUGCGGCAUUGAUGCCUCUGAGGCCUCAGUGUACUCUGGCAUUUGCACAGAGAUCUUUAGAGAAGAAUUUUUGCUCUACCAGAGGAAGGUCUACUGCUUUGUUCAUCUGAGCUUUCAGGAGUUCCUGGCUGCUCUCUAUGUGUUUCACUGCUAUGUUAGCCAGAACAUGGAAGAACUGAAAGUUUUUAAGAUAAAGAACAAAAAGCAGUCUGACAGUGUUUCAUUGGAAGAUCUGCUAAGGGGAGCUGUACAAAAAGCUGUAAAGAGUGAGAAUGGAAACCUUGAUCUAUUUCUCCGUUUUCUGCUGGGAAUUUCACUGGAGUCCAAUCAACAGCUCUUAAAAGAUCUUCUGACUCAAACAGUGAGCAGCUCAGAUAGUAUUAACAAAACAGUUCAGUACAUCAAACGCCUAAUACCAACAAAGAAUCUUUCCUCUGAGAAAUCCAUUAACCUGUUCCUCUGUCUUACUGAAAUGAAUGACCAGACUUUAUCCAGAAAAAUUCAGGAGUAUCUAAAAUCCAAUAAAGGCUCAACAAAGAAUCUCUCUGCUGGAGAGUGUUUAGCACUAGCCUACAUGCUUGUGACCUCAGAGCAGGUGCUGGAUGAGCUGAACCUGAAGAAAUACAACACAAACGAGAGUGGAUAUUUGAGACUGAUCCCAGCUGUGAGCAACUGUAAAAAGGCUGUACUAGCUGGCUGCAAACUCAUCUUGAACUCUUAUGACACUCUCUGUUCUGCUCUGAAAUCAACAAACUCACCCCUGAAAGAACUGGACCUCAGUAACACUGACCUGCAGGACUCAGGAAUGGAGCUGCUCUGUGCUGGAUUGAAGAGUUCAAACUGUAAACUGGAGAUACUCAGACUAGCUGGCUGUAAACUCACCACAAACUCCUGUGAAGCUCUCUCUUCUGCGCUAAAAUCAUCAAACUCACCCCUGAAAGAACUGGACCUCAGUAAAACUGAAGUGCAGGACUCAGGAACAGAGCUGCUCUGUGCUGGAUUGAAGAGUUCAAACUGUAAACUGGAGAUACUCAGACUAGGUCACUGUAAACUCACUAUGACCUCCUAUGAAAGUUUUUGUUCUGCUCUGAAAUCAACAAACUCAUCCCUAAAACAACUGGACCUCAGUAACACUGACCUGCAGGACUCAGGAGGGAAGCUGCUCUCAGCUAUAUUGAACAGUUCAAACUGUAAACUGGAGAUUCUCAGACUAUCUUGGUGUAAUAUUAGGAGAAAGUCUUGUGAAAAUCUGGGAUCAGCUUCACAUCCAGUUAACUCCUCCCUGAAAGAGCUGGACCUCAGGAACGGUGACCUUCAGGAUUCUGGAACAGAGCUACUCUCUGCUGUACUGAAGAGUCCACACUGUAAACUGGAGAUACUCAGAAUAUCCUGGUGUAACAUUGUGAGAAAGUCUUGUGAAAAUCUGGAAUCAGCUUCACAACUGGCAAGCUCCUCCCUGAAAGACCUGGACCUCAGCCACAAUGACCUUCAGGAUUCAGCAACAGAGCUUCUCUCUGCUGUACUGAAAAGUCCACACUGUAAACUGGAGAUACUCAGACUAGGUCACUGUAAACUCAGCAGGAUCUCCUAUGACGAUCUCUGUUCUACUCUGAAAUCAACAAACUCAUCCCUAAAACAACUGGACCUCAGUCAGGCUGACCUGCAGGACUCAGGAGGGAAGCUGCUCUCUGCUAUACUGAAGAAUUCAGACUGUAAACUGGAGAUUCUCAGACUAUCUUGGUGUAAUAUUAGGAGAAAGUCUUGUGAAAAUCUGGGAUCAGCUUCACAGCUGGUAAACUCCUCCACGAAAGAGCUGGACCUCAGGAACAUUGACCUUCAGGAUUCAGGGACAGAGCUACUCUCUGCUGUACUGAAGAGUCUACACUGUAAACUGGAGAUAUUCAGACUAUCUUCGUCUAAUAUGGGGAAAACGUUUUGUGAAAAUCUGGGAUCAGCUUUACAACUGGUAAACUCCUCCGCGAAAGAGCUGGACGUCAUCAACAUUGACCUUCAGGAUUCAGGAACAGAGCAGCUCUCUGCUGUACUGAAGAGUCCACACUGUAAACUGGAGAUACUCAGACUAGAUUCUUGUAAUCUUGGGGAAAAAUCUUGUGAAAAUCUAGGAUCAGUAUUACAACUGGUAAACUCCUCCCUGAAAGAGCUUGAUCUCAGCAAAAAUGACCUUCAGGAUUCAGGAGCAGCGCUGCUCUCUGCUGGACUGAAGAGUCCACACUGUAAACUGGAGAUACUCAGACUAGAUUCUUGUAAUCUUGGGGAAAAAUCUUGUGAAAAUCUAGGAUCAGUAUUACAACUGGUAAACUCCUCCCUGAAAGAGCUUGAUCUCAGCAAAAAUGACCUUCAGGAUUCAGGAGCAGCGCUGCUCUCUGCUGGACUGAAGAGUCCACACUGUAAACUGGAGAUACUCAGGUUAUCUGGUUGUAUGAUUACAGAAGUAGGCUGUUCUACUUUGGCUUCAGCUCUGAGUGCAAACCCCUCACAGCUGAAAGAACUGGAUCUGACCUACAACCACCCAGGAAAUACAGGAGUGAAGCUGCUCACUGCUAGACUGGAGGAUCCACACUGCAGACUGGACAUACUCAGACUGGAACAUGGAGGUGAGAACAGAAUCAAACCAGGACUGAAGAAAUGUAAGUACACACACACACACACACACACACACACACACACACACACACUCGCUUAGGAAACCUUUGGGAACGUGUGGUAAAACACCCCAACUUUGGGAACAGCACUUUCCUUUAGGUUCAGAGAGAAAAUAGGUUGUGAUUAGAGUUACAGGUUUUUGUCCAAAUCAGUUCAGAUUUUUGUUAAAUCCUUUUUUAUACAUGUCUGAAAAAUUACCUCACCUUUGGGAGCAUUUUUUAGGUCCACUCUGGGGACAACAUUACGCACACACACACAAAUUCUGAGAAAAGUGAACUUAUAGGACAUUCUAUUUAAAAUUAGGAACCAAAUACACCAAACCCCUUAUACUGUUCUCCCUAAAGAAGUCACUGGAUUAUUUUGAUUUUAAAAUGUGUUUGCUGUGAUUCUUGAUGCACUGGACUAAUCCGUACACCACAGUGUCUCGCAUGAUGGUAUAAUAAUCUGCAGAGAUUCUGUUCUCCAAAUAAAAAAGUAUGUAAAAGGUGUGGAAAUGGAAAUCAUUCUCAUUGUGAAUCAAAUUGUAGCAGAAACUAUGCAAAAUCUGUAACCUUUUCACUUUGUGCUUAGUGUGUUCAACCAAUCAAUAUUAGGCUCUAAAAUUCCUUUUUAAAAUAUCACUGCAAAAUCCACAGUGGGCAAAAUCUGCUAAGACUCUUCUAAUGUAACACACUGAAUGACAGGAGAGGAAGAAAAAGCUGAUGUGCAGUUAAAAACAUUUAUUUUCUUUAAACUAUGAGCACUAAACACAAAUGCUUAUUACAAGUAACAUUUAACACAUUGAAAUGUCAUUAGCGUAGUGUACAGUAUACUUUAAAUUCCUUUAGUUUAAAACAUCUGAGAUAAACGUUUUAAAUUUGCAUACAAACUGUAGAAAACAAACAUCACAUGAGUUUAGGAUUAAAAAACUAAACUAAACUAAAAGCUUACAGUCUCUAAGCAAUCACCGCUUAACAGUUGUUUGGUCUAAAGUGUAAUGUCUUCAGACUCUGUGCUGAAAGGUACUGAAAGAAAAUGAUUUCAGAUUCUCCACUACUUUAUCACCAACAUUCCAUAUAAAAACUCGUUUAGCAGAGUAAAUAAAUGUCUAUUUGUGUGUUGUAGUCAUGAACCCCUGGUUCCCAUCACCACCACUGUAAAGAAAUCUGAGUCAUAAAGUUUGUUUAGCUUAACAAUUGAACAAUGUGGAAAACCUAAAAACACAUCUGUGGAAUUCCACAUUAAGACUGAGUCAUUCAGAGUGGAUUAAAUGUUGAAUGUGCCGUUCUAAAGAUACACACAGACACUGAACUUAUUCACAGUUGUGAUGACAGAAACCAGAUUUCUAAAGCAUUUAACACCAAAAUUCCCCUAGAUAAAAAACUGUUACACGAAAUGUUAGAAAUACAAAGCGUAAUGUCUGAAACACUGUUUUACAAUUUAAGAUCAUCAUCAUCAACAUUCCAUACAAAACUCAAGACGUGUAGGUUUACUGGUCGUUUUGGAUUGUAAAUAAAAUGGCUAUAUUUGUGCCGCAGACAUUAAUUUGAAGAUACGCUGACAAAAUUACCCAUUUUAAAUUUUUCAAGAGGAAUUCCACCAAUUCUCCAUAAUGAAAUUCCUUUUAAGGUGUAAUUAAAGUCAGUGGUUUGGCAUGAAAGGCAGCAUUCUAGAAAAACCUGCUGAGUAAGAGUCGUUCACAGUGAUGUGAGUGCCAUCACAGAGUUAGUACAUGAAAUAGUUAUGAAUAUGCUGCCUGAUGUCUGAAAUGUCCAUUUUAUUAUAGUUUUAGAAGGUUUUGGCCUAAAAAUGUUUUUUUAAAUCUACCACACAGUGGUCCAUGCAGGACACUAAGACACAACAGUUCUUGUUGAAGAAAACUUAUUAAUCCAGAUUUUCCACUAUUUUACCAUCAACAUUCCAUAUAAACUCAGAAGACUCGUGUAGGUUCACUGGUGGUUCUGGAUAGUAAAUAAAAUGUCUAUAUUUGUGUUGUAGUCAUGGUGACCCCUGGUUUCUAUCACCACCACUGUAAAGACUUCAGAGUCAGAAAAUUUCUGUAAAAUGAACCAUUUCACAGCAAAACUCACUGAUUGACUUCAUCUCAACAACUGAAUAAUGCAGGCAUUCAGAAAAAUCAGCGGAAUUCCCCUUUAAGAUAUAAAAACAAAAGCAUGGCAGAGGGCUACAUGCACAGUGUUGUAACGUACCCCAAAAAAAACCUUUUCAGAUUUACCACUGUUCUAACAUUGGAUACUUGUAAGAAGUACAGUUGAGCCAAGCGAAGCUUUAUAUUGAAGAAAAAAAUAAUUAAGAAAUGCUUGUAAUGGCACUACAGGGUAAGACGAGUGUAGUUCUUUUUUUUGGUUAACUUGAGCUGGUUUGUCUUCUCAGAGCAGUUGUUCUGUUUUUUAUGUAGUAUUUUAAACCGGUCAAGGUUCUGUUCUGUAGCACCUGCGGCUCUUCUUCCAGACACGGACACACUCCCUCUUACCCGGUACCCUGCACGUGUUCAUAUAUUUCAUCAUGUGCUUUUCUACAGCUUUAAAUAAAUAAUAACAAAAAACAACAUUUAGUCAAAUCUUAUACCUGGUAACAGUCUCACAUACUUAUAAACUACUAAUAGUAGACACUGAUGUAGUUAUUACCGUGUGUUAUUUGUUGUUUCUCUUAUCAUUAAAUGUGACUGAUUUUCUUUUAACUGUGCCUUUGCUUAGUUAAUGUAUACCUCACGUUGACCUUCCUUAGCCAUUUAACAGACUGCAGCCCAUCUGUUGCUGCACAAUUUACUCAACGCCCCCCACCCCUUCCUUCAAUGGAAAAGGACCACCACAGUGACACUGUCCUAAGUAGUGCAUGUGGUUCAGGUAUGAGUGCAUCAUAGUAGCAUUGUUGCUAGAGUUUUUACACACUUUGUACGCUUUAUUAGGUUAAUAAACCCUGUAACACUAAUGUUGGCCCUCCUAUAGCCCUUCAUCUGGGCCACUUUUGGCUGUGUAUGACCACUCUCAACCUAGCAGUGACACUGACGUGUGUAAAAAAACCCCAGCAACAUGGCUGCAUCUGAUACACUCGCACCAGCACCACUCACACUACCAUCUCAAUUAUAAGUCUGCUCUGACUGAAUGCAGUCAUAGCCAACCACAGUAGCUCUAAAACAGUCAUGUAGGCUAGAAACACUAAUGGAAAGUAAUUAAUACAGUUGAAAACAAUUCUUACAUUUAGUAAUCUGAGCAGAACAAGUCCUCUAGGACAGGGGUCUUUAAUUCAAAUUCAGUAAGGUCCACUUAGAGAAACUUUCCUCAAGCAAAGGUCCAGAACAUCAUAAUGUCUAACUUGCAACAUGAUUCAGUGCCAUAUACUGUUUACUGAAGUAGCCUAGUAGGUUUAUCAACAUCUUAUACAGUCAACAACUGAAUGA